AUGUUCGGUAUCUUUGCGGACUUGUUGUCCUCCGUGAUCACCAUCCUAUUCCCCAUCUUCGCUUCCUACAAGGCCCUCCGCUCCGCCGAUCCAUCUCAACUGGCACCAUGGCUGAUGUACUGGGUGGUACUGUCCGUCGUGCUGUUGGUGGAAUCUUGGACAGUAUUUAUCAUCGGAUGGUUCCCCUUCUAUAGCUGGAUCCGCCUCUUUUUCAUGUGCUAUCUCGUUCUACCGCAGACUCAGGGAGCUCGCCUGCUCUACCAAGACUACAUUGAUCCAUUCUUGACCCACCACGAACGCGAGAUCGAGGAGUUUAUCGGUCGGUCGCACGAGCAGGCCAAGGCAUUGGGGUUGCAAUACUUCUACAAAGCUAUCGACUUGAUCCGGGAGAAGGUUAUGGGUCUUCCCCCACAACAGCCAGCGCCACCACCACCCUCCGGGCCCGCUGCCUAUGCUCAAUCCUUGCUCUCAAGAUUCAAUAUCCCAACUGUCGGUGCUCCAGCUGCGCCCGGCGCACCUACUGGCGCACCCGCGGCUGCCAACGAUUGGUACUCGAUCCUCGGCUCUGCCCUGGGAUCCGUCGCUUCGGCAGGCAAGCCCCGCGAAGCACACGAGGAGGAGCUAUCAGCCAGCGGCACCCUUCUCCAGCGCAAGUUGGAUACUAUGUCCGGCCCUGAGAAGGCCAGUUAUAUCUCCCGACAGCGGGAGGUGCUGGAUUUCCUGCGCUCGACUCUGAGUCGUGAGGAACAAGCGAUGGGUCGGAAUGAUGCCGAGAACGACGAUCUUGCCUACGGUGCUCCGCUACGAAAGGAUCUCAGCGAGACCUCAUUCGAUGUAGUCGACGACGAGGAUUUGGGGAGCCGCAGUGGCGCCCGGCGGACGAGCAGCCGGUGGACAUCGGGCUGGCUGGGUAACGAGCAUGACUCGUCGGGCUCAUCAGGCACCGACCACGCUGCUCGGACAUCCGGAUAUGAACGAUACUAA